AUGGAAUUGAAACUAAGGCGUAUUCGGGUGGUGGAGGAAGUCGUAGUAAACAUCGCGACAGAUCACGUAGCCGUUCGCGAGAUCGCGACCGUAAGCGACGACGCCGCAGCCGUUCAAGGAGCCGCUCGAGUUCACGUUCGCGCUCCCCAAGACAUUCGCGCAGCCGUUAUCAUUGAAUAUGGAGUUGAUCUUCGUUUGUUCCCUUUAAAAGAUUCUGAGUAA